GCCUGGGGGAGAGGGUGGAGCCGGGUGGGAGGGGCGGACUCCGAGGGCGUGGCUAAAGGAGAACGGUGGGCGGAGUAACCAUUAGGUGAGACGAAGAAAACUUGCUUGAUGUCAUACAACCAGUAGUCAACCGAGUUGGGGCCUUGACUUCAGUUAGUCGGAUGCCAAAGCCUACCGUGCUCUGAAGCCAGGCAGGUGGCUCAAGAUGUGGUCUUUUGACCGCCUACAUCAGCAUCAUGGAAGAACGUGGAUUCCCAGGUCUUGACUAGGUCUCUCCAAUCAGAAUUACAAUGGAGCUGAGAUUCUGCCUGCUUAACAAGUUCCCCAGGUUGGAGAGAAGCCUGGCCCUGGCCAUCAGGAAUCUGAUGCUGACCUUGGCUGUCCUUACCUAUUGGGCAGAUGUACGCUGGGCCAAUGUCCUGGACCCAGCACAGAAAUUACAGCCUACUUGUGGAAGCCUGCAGCAGGCCAGAAAGGCUCCUGUCCAAGGCCAAACCAUCUUGCCAUUGUAUUAUUGCUCCAAACAGGAAGGGGCCUCUCCGAUUCUGAUGGAAAAGCAGGCCAAGCAGCUCCUGAGAUCCCGACGGCAGGACAGGCCGAGCAAACCCGGGUUCCCUGACGAGCCCAUGCAGGAGUACAUGCAUCAUCUGCUCCGCCUGGAGCACCGGGCCGAGGAGCAGUUCCUGGAGCACUGGCUGAACCCUCACUGCGAGCCCCACUGUGACAGGAACGUGGUCCAUCCCGUGUGAGGGGCUCGGGACCAGCCUCUGGUUUGAUUGGGUGGGCAGAAGGGGAAGCUUCCCUGGGGCAGUUGGGGCAAGCUGCCCACCCUGACGACUCGAGGAAGUCUUGCACUGAGGAGUGAAGCUCACCGAGGGGGCGGUGGGGGGGACGGGCGCUGCCGAGCUGCUUGGUCAUCUAUUGCCCCCCCCCCCCCCCCGCCACCGCCCCGUCUGCUUUAAUAAACGUUGGUGUUAAA